AUGCCCCGUCACUUUUCAAGAUCCAACUCCACGACAAGCAUCACCGACACAGCUUCCUUCCACCUCUCCAGCACCCCGUCGCCCUAUGCUCCCCCGACCGAACCAAACAUGAGACCGACGCAAGCUCUGCUCGUCGGGCGCUACCGCCACCUAAAACUCACCACCAAGGACGUCGGCAAAGGCUUCUACAAGGGCAACCGCACAGGAUCCAUGGGUCGCCACACCAAGUACGGCGGCUACGUGAUCGAGUGGAACAAGGUCCGCACGUACGCCGUACCCCCGGGCCUCAAAGAUUUCAAGUUGACUCCGUUCGUGAGCCGCGAGGUUCGCCCCGAGCCCGGCGACUACAAAGGGCUGCAGAAGGGCCCGCAAGAUGCGUACUUUUACGUCGAGCAGUGGAAGCGGUACAAUGGCGUCGACUGA